AUUCAUAAAAAAGGUACUAUGCAUUUUAAAAGUUCUGUUAUUCUUUGCGCGUUGUAUCUCUUAACGUCAGCAUGGAGCAUUGGACUGAACAGUAAACAACUAUGGGUAAUUACUAAGCUGUACAAAAAUCACAAAGUUACCGAAAAAAAUAUCACACAGCUUAUGAAAGAAUUUUUUGGAAUUCAAGAACCUAAAACACCUUUUGAUUGCGAUUCAAAUGAAGCCAAUUCUGUAGAUUUGAAGAAGCUACUAUUGGCAUUGGCGUAUAAAGAUAAGAAAACGCACAACCGCUAUUACGAGAAUCAAACACUUACACCGUUUGAAGUGGAGUUUUUCCUCAGUGUGUUCACCGAACACGCAAACAGUUCUGACCAAGAUGGAUAUCUUAGUCUUCAACAGCUACCAGGUGUUUUAAAAGAUUUAAAAUUAUACGAUAAGGAGAUCGAAAAAGUAGUCGCAAAGCUUAAAGUUAAACAAAAAAAAAGGAACUUUUCAAAGGAUGCUUACAUGAAGUCGAAAUUAUUAAAUUUUAAUUCAAUUACAGCCCAAUUUAUUAUUACUGAAGCGGAUUUCUUAUUAAUAAUGUUGGAAACAAAACCAGAAGGUUACGGUCUAGACCGACAGCAAAUAGAAAAGUUCGUUGAUUUCUUUAAUAAUUGUCGCAAAACUGAUUCCGGCAGUAUUGAACCUAUGGUAAUUCAAAAAAUCUUCAUCGAUUUUGGUAUGGCUGACUCAAAACACUAUUCGAAAAUGCUUUUCAAAUCCAACCGAUCCGCCGCGAAUGAGUUGAUGGAGUUGAUGUUGGUUACGGCAGAACGCAGUAGGACGGAACACACAAAAAGAGGGGUUUUGGAUACAUAUAUAGUCAAGUUUUUCUUAGACGAAUUCGUUAGUCACGACAAAGACAGUGAUGGUUUCCUUUCGCAUGAAGAGUUCGUUUCUUGGGUGCAACUCGCAAGACGUGAGAUGUUUGAUGAGCCAAAAGGCGGACAUCCUAAAAAUAAAGAUGGAAGUAAAACACACUUUGCGAAAUUCCUGAAAAUGAUGAUUGCCUACUAUGAAUAAUAAUAUGAAAUU